AUUACACGAAACACGGGCACACUUUGCUGUGAAAAAUUACGAAAGAAUUCGGCCGUUCAUCACUUUUCCUUAACACCAACAGAUUUUUGGAAAUCGGACAAUGGCUUCCCUUUGUACACGCAUGGCGCUACGUGCCGCCGCACGCCAAAAUGUUACAUACAACUCCGUGCGUACCUGCAAAAUGAUGAACGAUCCCAUGGAGCAUGCCACGGGUAUUGAGAAGCGCGAGCUGUUGCUGAAGGCGGCCGGCAACGAUAAUCCCUUCGACAUGAAGGUGUUCAAGCGCGGUGCUGGCACCAAGGAGAACCCCAACUUGAUUCCAUCAGCCUUCGAAGCUCGCAUUGUGGGCUGCAUCUGCGAGGAGGAUCAAACCUACGUUCAGUGGAUGUGGCUGCAGAAGGGCAACCAAAAGCGUUGCGAGUGCGGCCAUUGGUUCAAAUUGGUGGAGAAGGCAGCUGUUUAAAGUUAUUAUUAAUUAAUUAAAUAAACCAAUUAAUUACAAAGAACACACACACACAAACUUAUAAAGCAACUACCUAAGCUAAAAGUCGACAAACUUAGCUAUCCAAAUAAAAGUAAACAACAAUUCAAAACAA